CGCUGUAGUCAGAGGGAGCGUCAAAAUGUCUGGUUAUCAAGGAAAGAAGAACAUCCCGCGGAUUACAAGUGACCGUCUCCUCAUCAAAGGAGCAAAGAUAGUAAAUGAUGAUCAGUCCUUCAUGGCGGAUAUCUACAUGGAGGAUGGAGUCAUCAAGCAAAUUGGAGACAACCUCAUUGUUCCAGGUGGAGUUAAGAUCAUUGAGGCUCACGGACGGAUGGUGAUGCCUGGGGGGGUUGAUGUGCACACCCGAUUCCAGAUGCCUGACCGAGGCAUGGUGGCAGCAGAUGACUUCUACCAGGGCACCCGGGCUGCUCUGGCUGGGGGCACAACCAUGAUCAUUGAUCAUGUGGUACCAGAGCCCGGUGUCAGCCUGGUUGCUGCUUUCAAACAGUGGAGGGAGUGGGCUGAUGGCAAGUCCUGCUGUGACUAUUCUUUGCACGUGGACAUCACUGAGUGGCACAGAGGCAUGCAGGAGGACAUGGAGGCACUGGUGAAGGAUCUUGGUGUCAACUCUUUCCUGGUCUAUUUGGCUUAUAAAGAUGUUUUCCAACUUUCUGACUCUCAGAUCUAUGAGGUGUUCAGUGCCAUCAGAGAACUUGGAGCCAUUGCGCAGGUGCAUGCUGAGAACGGAGACAUUGUUGCAGAGGAGCAGAAACGUAUAUUGGAGCUGGGGAUCACUGGCCCUGAAGGCCAUGUGCUGAGCCGUCCAGAGGAGGUGGAGGCAGAAGCAGUCAAUCGCUCCAUCACCAUAGCUAAUCAGACCAACUGCCCCCUCUAUGUUACGAAGGUGAUGAGCAAGAGUGCGGCUGACAUCAUUGCUCUUGCUCGGAAAAAGGGUGCUGUGGUUUACGGAGAGCCUAUAUCUGCCAGCUUGGGCACAGAUGGUACCCAUUACUGGAGUAAGAACUGGGCCAAGGCAGCAGCCUUUGUCACCUCUCCACCGCUCAGCCCUGAUCCCACCACCCCCGACUACCUCGGCUCUCUGCUGUCAUGUGGUGACCUGCAGGUGUCAGGUAGCGCUCACUGCACUUUCCAUACUUCUCAACGUGCGGUAGGCAAAGAUAACUUCACCAUGAUUCCAGAGGGCACCAACGGCACGGAGGAGAGGAUGUCCCUAAUCUGGGACAAAUGUGUGGUGACUGGAAAGAUGGAUGAAAACCAGUUUGUGGCAGUAACCAGUACAAACGCAGCCAAGAUAUUCAACCUGUACCCCCGCAAAGGCCGCAUCGCAGUUGGAUCUGAUGCUGACCUCGUGUUGUGGGACCCUGAUAUGACCAAGAUCAUCUCAGCUAAGAGCCACAACCUGGCUGUUGAGUAUAAUAUCUUUGAGGGGACAGAGGUGCGUGGAGGUCCUCUGGUGGUGAUCAGCCAGGGCAAGAUUGUGUUGGAAGACGGUACGCUUCACACCAUGGAGGGAUGUGGGCGCUACAUCAUCCGUAAGCCCUUCCCAGAUCACGUGUACAAGAGGAUAAAGGCUCGCAGCAGGCUCACAGAGCUGCGAGGAGUCCCCAGGGGCCAGUACGAUGGGCCUGUGUGCGAGGUGACUGUGACUCCCAAGGUGAUGUCCUCAGUUUCCUCAGGGAAGACCUCCCCCUCCACUCAGCAGCCGCAGCCGUUCACUCACCAGCCGGUGCGCAACCUUCACCAGUCUGGCUUCAGUCUGUCCGGGGCCCAAAUUGAUGACAACGUACCUCGCCGCACCACCCAACGCAUAGUGGCGCCCCCUGGUGGAAAAGCUAACAUUACCAGCCUCGGCUAAGCUACUUUCUGAACCGAGCCAGGGUGCAGGGAAACACUGGACCAGAGGGAAACAGUUACUAAUGUCACAUCUCUCACCACCUCUGACUCCCCCCUGCACCCCCUCUUCUCAUUUUUAUUUACACACUACCACCAAUCACCUCAUGCAAAAACAAACAAAGCACUACUUCAUGUUUUUCCAUCUUUCCUACCAUGUUUCACUUCAAAGGAAGGAUGAAGUGAAUUGAAGCAGCGUUUUUACCGUUUUAACACUCGCCCAGUUGUUUACAUUGUUUUUAUUUUAUUUUUGUUGUUUACAUUUAAAUGCUUUUCUAAACGGAUCAGAAUGCUGGAUGAGGACCGUCGGAAACAGAGCAGCUUCUCUGUUUUUGAAAGUUUAUUUCCCACACAUUUGUUUAGAUUGUUGCGUUACUUAAAAACCUUUACUUAAACUCAACCAUCCAAAGGCGGCGUCCACAUCUAAAUAUGAACACAUUUAAAAGAUGUUUGUAAGUUGUCCUAAUUUAAGUCCACAGCAUAGCUAAAGUGAAAACAAUUGUGCCAAACAGGAUUGUUGGGAUAAUUUUUAGGUGGGAUUUGA